AAACUGUGGGACGUAAUCUACGCCGCAGCGUUCUUGAAUAUUGAUUCAUUCACUUAGUUUUUAGGCGAACUCAUUAACCUUCAACUGAUUAGGUUUAGGUGACCGGAUUUAUGAUCUUAGGCUUUUUCAGGCAAACUUUCACCCGCCGCUAUUUCAGUCACUCCAGUGGAUCCAGCUCCUACAUGCCGCUCAAACAAGGGAUGCACAGAUGCCUGAUUAUCUUCCUCAUAGGUUAUACCCAUGGAAGUGUCCGUGUUUCUACCGGCCAUGAGCCAGUGGUGGGCCUACCUCCACCUGGGGAAGUGAGGAACCUGACAGCCACUGGAGGAGUCACUCUACCUGACUGUCUGGUGAAGUUUGGAUUUCUCAGUUAUAAUGAAAAAAAUAUUGCCCUGGUGACGGAUUCAAAAAUGCAGAUAUUGGAUAAAAAAUACGAGAACAAACUUCACUGGAACAGCAGCACUGGAUGCUUCACAUUUACUGGCCUGCAGAAGAAUGACUCUGGGAUGUAUCGUAUUGACUCUAAAAUAACACGUUUCAAUCAAGGCUAUAAUCUCACAGUCUAUGAGGCUGAUCCCAUCAAACCAACUGAUGCACCUCAAAAUAACAUCACUUACCAGAGGAAGUACCUGGCAACUGCUUUAUCAGUUGUGUUAUUUGUUCUUGUCUGCACUGUGCUGCUCAUCUGUGCAUCCAGACAGAAGAACAUUAAAGGAAAGUGUUGGCGUAACAGUGAGGUCGUCUGGAGGAUAAAAGAGGAUCUUUCGUCUUUAUGGUGCUAUACAGGAAAUGAUAAACAGUAACUAGGAUAUCCUUUAGAGCACAGGUCACAUUAACCGAAUAUUUUCUGUCAUUGACUGAAUUUUUUAACAAUGAAGGAAAAAUCUGAAGGCAGAUUACACUGAGUGUGAUAAACCAUAACUUAAAAUAAUUCACCCCCCUGUCCAGUUGGUGGCAAGUGUGCAUAUUAAUUAGCUAUUAUCUAGUCUUGUCUUGUGUCGGAAAUUAUAUUUAUGAUUCAAUAUAUUUUAUUGUGCUAGUGUUACCAUAAUAAUGCAAGUAUGUAAGAAACCAUUUAAUAAUAGAUAAUACAAAUGAAAAAGAAGACUGAUAAUGUAAAUUAGAGAUAAUGUAAAUUAGAGAUAAUGUAAAUUAUCACUGCUGACAUUUUACAACACAGUAAUCCAGUAUAGACUUAAUUUAUUAAUAUGAUAUUUCAAUAUCGAUCCAGUUCACUACAGUAUGCUACGAUACCAAGUGGCUCAUGCCAGCUUUCACAUAGCUAACGUUAGCUGGUGCAACUCAGUGCAGAAAUCUUUGUUUUUAUGUAUAUAGCGUAACAAAUAUCACUGAUAUUGGUCAGUGAAAUUUCAGUACAAUGUCUUACGUUGUAGGAAGGAGGAAUUAUCCAGAUAGCUACUGGCUGCCAUUCAGUCUCAUAUCUUUCAAUCUGUAAUGUUAUUUAAGUCCAGCAGUUAUUGCUACUGGACUAGCUAGCUGCUAUAAAUUAAACGUUUUGUGUUACAAACAGGGGUGCAAAGUGUAUUUCUAUCUUUUUAUCUUUCUCUUCUAUCUGCGCCACUGGUGCAGAAAGAGCGCAUUUCCUGCCGGUGAAGCGAGUGCUAGCAGGAUCGGGAAAUCCCACGUUCAGAGAGUCUUGCCAACUUCUGAUCACUUCCCUGGGAGAAAUGUUCCCUCUCUUCAAAACUUGGCUGAAGUGGCGCUGGUAAUUCCACCCUCCAGUGUGGCGGCAGAGUGCAGGUUCAGCCUUCAGAACAAAAUUAAAACGGCCAUGAGAAGUCGUCUAUCCGAGGCAAAGACGCAAAAUCUAAUGACAAUCUCCCUUGAUGCGUUUGAUUACACACAAGCGAGCACCCAGUUUAAGUCCAUGCGGACCAGGAGGAAGGUUUGAGCUCAGGCUAGAUUUUGGUUUUGAUUUUAUUUUAUUUAGGAGGCAAGAAAAGCAAAUUUAAAGACAAGCAGUGAGAGCAGACAGACCAUCCACUGAGUCACUGCUACAUUAAGCUCAUAAUCACCAAGCCACAAGGUCACUGAGGUCACUCUCAACACUGUUACAGGUGGUGAUGAGCUGAGAAGACUACUGCAAAGGGAAAUCUCAUUUAAGACUCAGUUAUGAUAUUAAUUUAUGAAUUAAUGAGCUGGUCAUUUAUUCUUUAUUAUUCUUGUGUAUUAUAUGUAAUUUAAAUUUAAAAGCAUUUUUUUCUACUUACAGAGUUUUUCCUCCUUUUGUUUUGGUUUUGUUGUCCCUUUACUUAUGUGUGUCCGGCCAUGUGCCCCAAU